CCAAUUCUUUUACUGAAUCCAAUUUGCAAUCGAUGCAGAGACAGAACCAAAAACCCAGAAACAAAAACAAAAGACAUAACAAAACAAAAGAAACCUUAACAUAACAGUUAACAAAUGGCAUCAUUGGCGACCCAUUUCUCAGCCUCUGUCUUGUUCAUCCCCAUUGGCCUUCGCCGCUUAGUCUCUUCCUCUUCUCUCUUCCUUCAAAACCCAUCUCACUUCAGAUCCAAGCUUUGGUAUUUCUCUGACCAAAACUUCAAGAACUUCGAUCUCUAUGCUCUUCUCAUAGCCUUACCCAUUGCUUCAUUCUCCGAGCUUUUCAUCUUCUUCUCCUUCUCUGGCCACCCCAAUUACAGAUUCUCCUUCAUCCACCAAUCUCUCACACUUUUGGCCUUCUGGGUCUUGAUCAUCUUGAUCAUAGUUCGUGAAUUCAUGGGCACAUCCUUGGUUAAUGAAAGUUUCGUUUUUGUGUUUGGUGGGGCUGUUUUCUUGAUGGAGUAUUCUGUGAUGGGUAAAGGGGUUUCAGGUCUUGCUGGUGUUUUGUAUGGAUUUUUGGGAGGAUUGACCCUUGUGUGUGCUGGUUCUUGCAUUUACUUGUCGGUUAAGCCUUCUGCAUUUUUUGCUGAGUUCUUGUUGUGUUCUGGGAUGGUUUUCAAGGGCACUUGGUUGCUGCAAGCUGGGUUUUCUUUGUACACUGAUGCUUUUGGGUUGAAAGGGUGUCAAAAGGUUUCAUUUUUGGAACCCCAGAAGGAGAGUCUGGACGUGCAUUGUGAUCUUGUUGAGGAUAGCUUGAGGGGUGUUGCUUUGAUGCAUUUCCUGUUCACUGUGCAUGCCAUUGUGGUCAUGAUUUUGGGUGUUGGUGUGUUUGGAGUGUUGGCGAGUAACCGGAGCAUGAGGUGUGGGGAGGCGAGGGGGCCAUUGCUUGCUGAACUCGAAUCCACGGGCACGAGGAUGCGUGCUCUUCCUGAGCUGGAGAUGGAUUGAAAUGUGAAUGGUUUUGAUGCAGACAAAGAAGUAAAGUGUGCGGUGUGAAUAAUUAUCCUUUUUACCAACUUUUCUUUAGUUUGUUCUUAAACUAACUUUGUAGCAAUGUUUCUCGUCAAGAUACUUCAAACAAGAUGUUUACAAUCAUAAUCAAUGAAAGUUAUAGUAUUUGGAAUAAGCUUGACGAUAGGCAUCUUUUUCUAUGUUUUUAUGUUGAACCAUAGUUACCAAAUACGUGGUUCAUGUUGGUAUACAGUUCGUCGCAUUCUACAAUGUUAUUACCUCCUAUGUGUUGAAUCAUUAUGCUUUUUGCAUCCUAGGUGGAUAGGGCUCAGGUUUCCUCUUCGCUGUCUUAGGUCCAGGUAUUCUCAAGUACCUAAAAUACAAAGAACAGUUGCACAAGAACAACCUCUUUGAUCCUCUUCUAAUUCUAAAGUCAGUAUCAAGAAAAAGGAAUAAUUCUAGGAAGAGGAGUGAGGCAGGCAGAAUGAGCCUACCUUCAUAAUGACAAGGGUUUGGUAUUAUUAUUAUUAUUACUGCUACUAUUACUAUGGGUUUAUCCCUGUUUUUUCUGAACGACAUGCAUGGCCUCAUAUCAUAUUACUGAAUUUGCUUAGGUGAAAAUGUCCAUUGUAUUGCUGCCAUCCAACUUACAUGAGAAAUGGAAAAAAAAUUUCCUGCUGUAGGUUGUUACAUACAGCAAAAUUUUAAGAACAAAUAAAGGUAGAACUUCAUGCAACAUUGGGAGUUGUUUCCUUGAGUUUUAGUAUAUUUAUAUACUUAUAUCAAACCAUGGAUAUAGGAGCAAGUGUUUGAAGUUAGAAUUAUGGUUGUUGUAGCAUUU